AUGUCUGAAGACUACACCUCUCUUACCCAUGUCUGCUCGUUGGUGACGAACGAAAGACUGAACAAAGCUCUCACAGAUUGGUUUAAAGAAGAAUACACCUUCACUCGUUGGGAGUAUGUUGGUGAUACGGGUAAGGGUGACGCGUACCACAGCGAAGUUAUUCGAAUCAAAAUAUACGGCGUCAACAACAACGGUAAAGAGAACUACGCCCAAGUCGUUCUCAAGUACAUGCCUGAAAGCAUCUCUAGAAAACUGAAAUUCCGAGCCUACGAUUUUUAUAAAAACGAAAUUGGUUUCUACGAGGUAGUCCUACCAGAAUUAUUGAGGUUUCAAUCCACAAAAAAUGUAAAAGAACCUUUUGAUAACUACGCAAAAUUAGUUUUUGCUCAAUCUGACGGGAGUAAUGACGUCAUCUGUCUUGAAGAUGCUAAUUUACAUGGUUUUAGAGGCGCUGUUCGUCAAGAAGGCAUAGAUUUAGAUCACUGUAAAAUAAUAAUGAAAGUGUUUGCGCGGUUUCAUAGCUUAUCCUUCGCAAUGAAAGACCAGGAGCCUGAGAAAUUUGAGAAACUGCGAAAUGCUAUUUUCGAAACUUACUAUGAUGAACGUCUUUGGGAUUGGUACACUGAAUUCUGGAAAAGAAUUUCUGGUAUUGCCAUCGACGCAGUAGAAAAGGAGUACCCGAAUUCUAUUUAUUUGGAGAAAGUUAAGCAGUUUGCCGUUCCAGAAAGGUACCAAGAUAUGAUAAAUGCAGCAACAAAAACCGUUGAAACUGGUGUAAUAUCGCAUGGUGAUUGUUGGACGAAUAAUUUCUUGUUUAAAUAUGUAAAUGGGCAUCCAGUUGAUGCCAAACUCAUUGAUUUUCAAAUAACAAGAUGUGCAAGUCCUGUCCUGGAUAUAUCUUUUAUUAUUUGCGCUUGUACUUCUCAAGAUUUGAGAGACAAGUAUUAUGAUGAGCUACUGAAAUUAUACCACGAUACACUUUCCGAUCACAUCAGGGAAUUGGGCAGUGAUCCGGAUAAGUUAUAUUCUUGGGAAUUAUUUAUGGCAGAAAUUAAGAAGUAUUCGUAUUUUGGUCUAGCUUUUAGUUUUGAGUCCACUCCUUUCAUCGUGUUGGCUCCUGAGGAUGCUGUUAAUAUGGAAAUGGAGGGUGAUGAGAAAUUAAAUAUUAAUGAUGUAUGGCGCGUGGGCAACUUCAAGACAAAAGAGGGUAGACUCCGAGAGGCGAACAAUGUCAAACACUGCGUUGACAGAGGAUAUAUAUAA